AUGUCAGGCUACGGUUACGGCCCUCCUCCCCCGCCGCCAUCGGCUUCUGCUCCCCCGAGCUAUGGACCCCCAGCACCAUCCUACCCCCAGCAUGGCCAGGGCCGAGGCGGCUCGCAUCAUGGUAGAGGAGGACGCGGCGGCCACUACAAUGCAGGUCGCGGUGAUUACCACGGAUCACCCCAAGGCCACUAUGAGUACAGUGGUCAACCCUACCCUCCCCAUCACAAUGCUCCUCCAUAUGGAGGCUCCCACCCGCCGGCUGGAAGCUAUCCACCACCGCAGCCCCAAUGGGGACCUGAACAUGGCCAUCCUCCACCUCACGGGCAUUCGCCCGCUCCUAUGUCUUCCAACAACUACCACCCUAACUACGCUCCCCAGCCCUACCCUCCUUCUCAGUACCCGCAGCAGCCUCCGUAUGGCGGCCCCCAGCCAUACCCUUAUCAAGGCCCUCCUCCCCCUCCUAACCAAUCCCAGUGGGGUGGUCAAGGACAACCGCCUCAGAACCACUACAGCAAUGGCAGGCCACGAGGUGGCUAUAGUGACCGUGGCGGACCGAAGCCUCCAAUGAACGGCCCCAUUCGCCCCGGGUAUGAGCAUGAAGGAAUGGCACCACCCGUUAACGGUUAUGGCCAGCCAUAUCCUCACGACCCUCGGGCACCCCCCUAUCCCCCAGCGCAAUACCCUUACCCUGGCCCUCCUCCACCUCCUGGACCACCUCACCAGGAUGGCUACUAUGGCCACAAUCGCCGCGGCCGAGGUGGCUUUAGAGAUGGGAACUCUCGAGGACGUGGAGGCUACCACGGAAACGACAAGUCUCGCCAUCACAACAAGUCUGGCCACAAUGACUCCAACCACAACAAGCCUGAACCUCCUACCUUGGGUAAGAAGAAGAAGCGGAAGAUGAACACGUUGGGUUUGACUCCUGGAAUGGACUCGGAGUCUGAGGACGACGAAGGAGAAGAGAAGAUCUUGACCGAAUUGAUCGGGCAAGAGACCAUCCAGAUCCAAGAUGUCGCGGCGUUCUUGGCGGAACGAAAGAAGCAUUUCCCUACAAAGGCCCGUGUUGAGGCUAAGAAGGCUGCCGAGCUGGCACAAAAUGGCGAAGACAAGGCUUCCUCGCUGGAGAAACAGGCCGACAAGCUCCGGCGACAGCUUCGCAAGGUUGAGUCGUCGAUCAAGCGAAAGCGUGAACAAGGGGAUGAGGGUGAUGAGAUGAGAGAUCCGUCCGAAGAGUCUUCAGAUGACGAGCCAGAAGUCAUGUCUACUCGUUCCCACGUCGCUCCUCCACCUCCUCCUCCCGCAAAGAAAGCCGACGUUUCCAAACACUGCAAAUAUUAUUCCACUGGUGGAACAUGCGGCAAGAAGGGCAAGUGCCGCUUCGUUCAUGAUCCUGAGGUUCGAGAGGCCGCCAUGAAGGAACGCGAGGCCAACAAUGGACGUCUGACUAUUCAGCAACGCUUGAUUCUCAACGACAAGGAGCAGGAAGACCUCACAGUCCUUCAGUCCAUCGAUUACCUCCGGAAGAAGGGAGCGAUAGAAGCGGUCGAGCCAUCCGAGGUCAAGGACGAAGGCACCAAGAAGGUCAAGGCCGAGCUUCCCGCGCAACCUCCUCCAUCCAGUUUGCUCCCGGAUGCCCCGGCUUCCCUCCCUCCCCCUCCAGUCAAGCGGGAGCCUGCUUUGCCUCGUCGCAACCCACCACCUUCCAUUGUUCCCGGCGACAAUAACAGCAGCCAAGGAAUCAAGCACUACCAAGGCUGGCUGCUGAGGCCUUAUGGAAGCACCAACGGCAAGUCAUCCAAGAGUGAUGAUCUGCCGUGA